AUGGCCCUGCGUGGGGUUGAUUAUACUGAGGAGGAAAUUACUCAAUUUCGGGGAGGAGGCCCAUUGCCGAUGCUUGAGAAAUUGUCGGAGUAUGUGUUUUCUAAAUCCUCGCAAAGACAACGUUUCUACAAAGCAUUGAUGUGCCAUUGGGUGUCAGUCGAACACUUAAACCUUGCUCGCCGAUUCCCAUAUACAACCCCCAAAUCAAUGCUGGACCGGUUUGAUAUGAUUGAGCGUUUAUGGCGUGACAACCCUCAAUUGGAUGUUCUCGACUCAAUUGACCUUAUCGAAGUCACCGACUUUGUUUGGGGUUUUUUGGUUCGAAAGCUAUUCUACGACCCUCAAAAGCACCUGCCCUGGGUGCCAAAUGAGAUGGAAGAUGUUUAUAGGGAACCUGAGUGGGAAUAUUUUAUUAUGAAUCUCCUUUCAUACAUCCGACCCCCGAAUGUUGUAGAGCUUCUUCUAUUACAUCAUUGGGGAUCAGAGGUAUGGCCGAGAAACCGAAGUCACUAUCUUCUCGAGCUUGGGUUCCUUAAUGUACCCCAAGUUUUUAGCCAUCCUGCUGAACACCCCGAUAAUUCCUACCCAUUGGAAUAUCUGGAGGACAAUAUGAUAAAUAAAUUACAAAAGUUAUAUCAGCGUCUCGGGGUGUCAAAAGAGCAUCUAGAACUUGCAUGGGAGCAAUAUCGCGACCCAGAGUCCUGGGCUCAAUGUACCAAGGGAAGAGUUUUCUCCUUCACCGAGGGCAUGGAGAUUGCCACAGAGAUUCUGAACUUCUGA